UUUUGAAUCUUAACUUUUUUGACCACUUUUUUGCAAUUUUAAGAUUUACUAAUCAAAGCAUUAAUACAGACAAUCACUUCAUUUGAUCGCAACAUAUGAGACAAGAGAUGAGACAAAUGAAGACAUCAUUCGUCACCACAGAUGACGGCGAAGUUGUAAUCAAAAAACAGCGACGGAUUUAUGCGAAGACCUCUUUCGAUCGUUUCGGUGAUGACUUGUGUGGACUCAUUCUGUCGUACCUCUCACUCGAUGAGCGCUUUAUCUGCGAAUGUGUAUCCAAACAGUUCCAGAGGACUGUCUUCGGGAGUGUUGUGGACAUAACUAUUGACGAAAAUUAUGUGAAAACCAGUGCUGCUAUGAAAAUGUUGGCCACAAUUAGCCGAAAGUGUUCACACAUUCACACCAUUGAUAUGAGAAGAAUAGGUAUCAGAUAUCCGAAGCAAUUGCCGGAAGUGUUGGCCAUAUUUCGAGACAAUUGUCGGCAUUUGCGGAACAUUUACUGUCAUUUAGACUCAAAUACGGCUCAAAUAAUGCCAGAGUUCGGACCACUGAUCACACGAAUCAACGACGUUUGGUAUUACAAAAGACAAUUGCUUAAGCAUUGCCACCGAUUGUCUCGACUCCGGGCUUCACUGCCCGAUGUCUUCGCCGGCACUUCCGGCGAAUUGUUGGCCAAGAAUUUGCAGAGAAUUGAGUUUUAUUACAGUGUAUCUAAGAAUAACCAACUGUUGUCUGCAUUCGUGGCCGAGAAUCAGUCACUAAGAAGUGUUAAACUCAUUGGCAAUAGUGAUCAAACUCACGAGAGUCUGACCGAAAUGGCCGAACAAGUGUCACGUUUACCACAAUUACGGCAUUUGGAACUCUAUUUGAGGCCAACGAAUGGCCAGAACUCGUUGGACAAGUUUUUGCGGACAAUCGGACAGAAAUGCCAACAAUUGAAACGAUUAACACUUAUAUUGAAAGAUAAUAAUAACUCCCGAUUAGAAGACCAAUCAUUGGAUUCGUUGAGAUCUUAUCCACGAUUAAUACGUUUGGAUUUAACAAUCUGUGUGACCAUUGAUGACGUAUUUCUGGAUCCAUUGAAACUCUGCCACCGAUUAACGCAUUUAUCGCUUAAUUGGUGUCAAAUGAGUGACAAAUUGUUUAUUAAUUGUGACAAACAGUGGCCACGACUUCAAUACCUAUUCAUUGAAACUAAUGAUAUGACUGACGAGUGUUUGCAUCACAUCUCAAGACUACCAGCGCUGCAGACACUUGUGGUUAAAUUUAAACGAUUUGUUGGCAAAGAUAUCAUAGAUCAUGUCUGCGAAGACCUUUUUACCAGAAGUCUUAAACUCAAGUCCAUUGAAAUCCGUAGAAAUAAGUUUUAA